CCACCCCACCUCACCUGCAAACACCUGGAGGUUUGGAAAAUCAUAGGUGACUCAAGCAUAUCCGACAUCCUCCUUCCGACCUCUUAUCCUCUCUUCCUCUCCUCCUCUCCGUCCCCCUCGUCGCUACGCCAUUGCACUGCCGCGCACUCUUUCCCACAUUCGACUUCUGCGUAGAACUGCCGCAACAGUAUGGCUGACGCUGGUUCUGGGGAUGUCAAGAAGCUUCCGGUGGGCGGGCCGAAGCCAGCCAAGAAAGACAAGAAGAGCAAGUCGGGCGCUGAGGAAGCGAGCGCCGGCCCGAUCGAGCUGAACCCACCCCCGGAGUACCUACAGACGCGUCUCGAUCUAUUCCAUGAGUUGAAGAAGAAGUACGACGAGGACAUUGCCAAGAGACCCCGCGAGAAGAUCGCCAUCACCCUGCCCGACGGCACAGUCAAGGAGGGCACCAGCUGGGAGACCACUCCGGGCGAAAUUGCCAGGGGGGUCUCGAAUAGCCUGUACAAACGCACCGUCGUCGCUAGGUUAGAUGGAGACAAGAGCAAGUUGUGGGACUUGGAGCGGCCGCUGGAGCAGAGCUGCCGGCUCGAGCUGUUGAGCUUCGACGACGAACAAGGCAAGCAGGUGUUUUGGCAUAGCUCUGCCCACAUCCUCGGCGAGGCCUGCGAGCGGAGAUUUGGCUGCUCCCUCUGCAUUGGCCCCCCGACCACCGAUGGCUUCUACUACGAGAUGGCCCUGCCUGAAGGCGCCGCCGUCCAGCAGAGCGAUUGGUCGCCUCUGGAGCGCAUCGUCACCGACAUCGUCAAGGACCGCCAACGCUUCGAGCGGCUCGAGGUGUCCAAGGAGGACCUCCUCAAGAUGUUCAGCUACAACAAAUACAAGCAAUACCUCAUCUCCACCAAGAUCCCCGACGGCACCUCCACCACCGUGUACCGCAACGGCCCGCUGAUCGACCUGUGUCGCGGCCCUCACGUUCCCGACACAGGACGGGUCGAGUCCUUUUCGAUCCAGAAGAACUCGGCCGCCUACUGGCUCGGCUCUCAGGAGAACGAGUCCCUCCAGCGAAUCUACGGCGUAUCCUUCCCGGACAAGAAGAAGAUGGCCGAGUAUAAGAAAUUCCUAGAGGAAGCGGCCAAGCGAGACCACCGGAAGCUGGGCAGGGAGCAAGAACUCUUCAUGUUCCACGAACUCUCGCCUGGCUCUACCUUUUUCUUACCCCACGGCACGAGGAUCUACAACGCCCUCCUAAACUACCUCCGAGAGCAGUAUCACAAACGAGACUACCACGAAGUCAUCACCCCUAACAUCUUCAACUCGGAGCUCUGGAAGAUCAGCGGCCACUGGGAAUACUACCAGAAGGACAUGUUCGUGAUGGAUGUAGACAAGGAGAAGUUCGGCCUGAAGCCGAUGAACUGCCCAGGCCAUUUCCUCAUGUUCGCGCACGCGCCGAGGGUGUACAACCAGCUGCCUCUGCGCAUAGCCGACUUUGGUGUCAUCCAUCGAAACGAGGCGAGCGGCGCCCUGUCGGGCCUGACCCGCGUCCGCCGCUUCCAGCAGGAUGACGCGCACAUCUUCUGCCGGCUCGACCAGGUCACCGACGAGAUCUCGAGCCUGUUCGACUUUCUCUCCGAGAUGUACGGCCUGCUGGGGUUCACUUUCAAGCUGCAGCUCUCCACCCGCCCCGAGAAGUUCAUGGGCCAGAAGGAGACGUGGGACAAGGCCGAGGGCAUGUUGAAAGAAGCGCUGGACAAGUUCGCGGCCGGGCCCGGGGGUGUUUCGUGGAUACUAAAUGAGGGCGACGGUGCCUUUUAUGGUCCCAAGAUUGAUAUUGAGAUCCUGGACUGCUUGAAUCGGGGAUGGCAAUGCGCCACGAUUCAACUCGACUUCAUGGGCCCCGAAAACUUCGGCCUCGAGUACGUCACGGCCGAGAUACCCACGGCCAAGGCGAAGCACGACAAGCCGGCCGUCGAAGCGCCUGCUGCCGGGGAUAAGGAGCCCCAGUCGCCGGCCUCCGCAGAUCCGGCACCACCCCCUGCAGGUGAAGGCGCCCCCAAACGGGGAAGGGUGAUCAAGCCUCUAAGCCCGGGCUGCGCGCGGCCGGUUAUUAUCCAUCGCGCCAUGGCGGGCUCGAUAGAGCGAUUCAUGGGUAUCCUGAUAGAGCACUUCGCGGGCAAGUGGCCGUUCUGGCUGAGCCCGCGGCAGGUCAUGGUGAUCCCGGUGGGGAUGGGGUUCGUGCCGUACGCGCAGGAGGUUAAGGACCUCCUCAAGAAGGAGAAGAUCUUCGUCGAUAUCGACACGACGGGCAACACGCUGCCCAAGAAGAUCCGCAGCGCGCAGCUGGCGCAAUACAACUUCAUCUUUGUCGUCGGCGAUGAGGAGAUGAGGGGCCGCCAGGUCAACGUGCGGUACCGCGACGACACGUCGACCCAGGACCGCGGCAAGCCGGUGCUGCUGGACGAGGUGCUCGAGAAGCUGCUGAAGCUGCGGGACGACCGCGGCUCGUACAACCCGUUCCCGGCGGCGAAGCAGGCGGGCGAGAAGUAGUAGUAGGUCCCCUCCUCGGUCGAGGGCGGGCGAACUAGCCGGGCUAUACCCCUACCGGCAAGUCGCGACGUCGGGCAGUUGAUUUGGCCCGUGGAGAGGGAGAGAGCGGUAAUAGUGUGCGUGUGCAUCAUUAGGGGGGACGGGUAGACGGCUUCUUCCCGCCUAGCUAGCCUAGCCGUGUCCUGUAUCUGGGGGUCGUAGCAUCCCUCAGAUGUAGAAGUAGAAGCAGCAGAAGAGGCGGGGGAUAGAUGUAGCGCCGAAGGCGAGAUGUAGGCGAAGAAGAGGAAGGCGAGGAUCCUUCCCCCUAUUUCCGGCUGAAAUGCGAGUCGUUCGCCACCCCCGGCAUUCUUGUCCGCGUAGCCUCGGAACUGCCCUCCCUGUAUGAGAGAGAAGAGAGUCGAGAACCCGCUUCAUUACCUAGACCUCCCCUUCAUAGACUUAUUUGCCGAUUACUUGCCCCCGAGCCAGCGCGACACCAACUCCCAGUCACCUCCUUCGCGUAUGCCUGCUAC